GAAAACGCGUCGUUAACCACAAGUAGUCAUUUAUCGAAUACUUGAUAUAGCUGGUAUUAACACGUUUGUGAUAUAUAGCGAGUGUCGAUGGACAAAAAUGAGAAAAUGUGACUAUUUAAAGCAAUUGGCAUGAAUAAUAUUUUUUUAGAAAAAUGUGCAAUCGCCGUUCUUCUCAACGCUCUUGUGGAUUUCCAUGAGCAUAAUCCCGGUGUCGCUAGGGGUUUUCUAAGGACUUCACAGGGCAAACAAGAAUGGAAAAGGAAGUGGGCCGAAAUUGCAAUCUCUGUAAAUGCCAUAAAUAAGGACCCGGUUAGCCGAAGGUAUUUUUUAUGAAAAUAAUUUAUCUUGCUUUAAAUCGAAUUCAAAUAGACUUUUUUAACGCAAAACUUUAUUUUUAGUACUGGGCAGAAAAAACUGCGGUCCCAAGAGGCUGUGUACACAACACACAGCUUCAAUGAGGAAAACGGGUGAAGGAGCGGGUGAAAGAUUGGUGUUGUCCGAGCUGGACAAUAGACUUGUGGCUGUGAUGGGUGGCCCAAGUUUUGCAUCCGGCGACAGUCAGCUAGCUGUCAAUCCGCUCCCAAAUACGGUAGUGUAUAUUCUAAAAACAAAGUAGUCAUUUUAAUACUAAUACACAUAUUCUCAAAAAAAUACUAUAUUUUGUGACAUUAAUUUCAAUACUUUUCCUUACCUACCACUCUGCAAAUAAUGUGAUAUUAUCAUUCGGGAGGGAGGAGAUAAUAGACGAAGAACUUUUACUGCCUCCUCUACUGCGCACUCCACACAUCUAGGCAAGAUACUUCUGCU